GGGUUCUGGGAGUGAGGCCCUGCGGGCCGUUGGGAACCGCAACGUCCGUGCUCCCGGAGAGCGGGCAGAGAGCCGGGCUCGGACCGAGCAGGGUGGGCUGGGGCACAGUUGGCCCUUUGCAUCCAGGAGCUCUUGGCCUCAGGCAUCCGGGUGAGGCCAGAGGCUGACGAGGCCAUGAAUGUGGUGAAAUAGGAGCAGGGGACCGGGAACCCAGAAGAGGAGGAAGGGCAGAUACUUGGACGCUCAUCGCACCUGCGCCCCCGUCCCCGGACCGGGACUCAGAUGCCAUGUGGCCUGUGCUUUGGACCGUGGUGCGUACCUAUGCUCCUUAUGUCACAUUUCCGGUGGCCUUCGUGGUUGGGGCUGUGGGCUACCACCUGGAAUGGUUUAUCCGGGGAAAGGAUCCCCAGCCUGUGGAGGAGGAAAAGAGCAUCUCAGAGCGCCGAGAGGACCGCAAACUGGAUGAGCUGCUAGGCAAGGACCACACCCAGGUGGUGAGCCUUAAGGACAAGCUGGAAUUUGCUCCGAAAGCUGUCUUGAACAGAAACCGCCCAGAGAAGAGUUAACGGAGGAAACGGGGCCCUGUGAGUCCUUCCAUGGGCUGAGAAUGGUCUUGUCAACAUGUCAGCUCAGCAUCAGACCCCACCUUUGAUCUGCUUUGUUGUUGCUUAUUCUGCCGCUCCCGCACCACACACCCACACACAUACUGGCUGCUCUUCUAGGGCGGCAGACGCACCAGCAGCUGAGGGGCCAGUGAAGAGGACGUACCUUGUGGGUUCUGGCUUGAAGGCUGCACCUGUUGUGUGGUGGCCACAACUGCUCAGGCUUCUGAGCUUAUGGGCGCACUGCUAGGAGGAUGUGUGGAACCACUGCUGUCCCAUCGGUGACUGUUAUGAAAUGGCCUCAAAUGGUAGUGGCUGGGAUUUGGGUUUUACCUUUAGUUGGGACACCUACAUUUCUAGUUCCAGUUUGCACUGGGAAGACUUAGAAAAUCUACCUGGCUCCCUUCCUAGUUUUCGCUUUCCUUUGUGCUCAUUCUUCCUGUAAUCCUGUUCUACCAGCUCAAGAAUGGGAUUCUUUGGGGGAAGGAAAGUGUUUUUCUGUUCUUGGAAGCCCAGGUUGUUCACCUAGGGGCAGGGAAGAACGUCCGCCUGGUGAAUUUGCUUGAAAACAAUCACCAUCUUCCACCCUCCCC